ACGAGACACGGGGCAUCCAUCGUCACAGCGAAAUCGCCUUGUUCCGGAGCUGAGAUCGAGACUGCGAUGCAAAGAAGUGCAUCGGAGUAAAGUUAAAGUGAUUUGUUUUCUGUGAAACAACGGUUUUCUGCAAUCGUCCAUCGUCCCCAGACCGGAAUUAGCAAGUAACCAUGGUGACCGAAACGAUCAAAGAAGAGCCGGUAGGCAACGAAGCAGGCGAAUCGAAGAAAGCAGCCAAGAAGCUGGCCAAGGAGGCUCAAAAGGCGCAAAAGAAAGCGGAACAUAAGGCAGCCGCCGCUGCCGCUUCCGGUGCGCCCGACGAUGGUUCCAACGAGGAUGCCGCCGACUACGCCGCUGCCCGGUACGGAACGAUGAAAAUGAUUCAAAGUGUGGAGAAACAUGCGGAGCGCAAGUUCGUCAAGGUUUCCGAGCUGGUCCAGUGUCAACGUGAUGCGGAAGUGUGGGUACGGGGCCGUGUGCACACGUCCCGUUGCAAAGGCAAACAGUGCUUCCUGGUGCUGCGCCAGCAGAGUAGCACGGUCCAGUGUUUGCUCGCCGUCAACGAGACCGUGUCGAAGCAGAUGGUCAAAUUUUCCGGCAGCAUUCCACGCGAAAGCAUCAUCGAUCUGAGGGCACGCGUGAUUCCCGUCGAACAGCGGAUCGAAUCGUGCACGGAGCAGACGCUCGAACUGCACGUACUCGAGCUGUUUCUGCUGUCGGCGGCCAAAGCACAACUACCGUUGCAAAUCGAAGAUGCUUCCCGGCCAGAAAAGUCCGACGAUCCGGAAGCGCUGAAAAUUCGCGUCAACCAAGACACCCGGUUGGACAACCGUGUGCUGGAUUUGCGUACUCCAGCAAAUCAGGCCAUCUUCCGGCUGGAGGCCGGUGUUUGUAAGCUGUUCCGCGAUGUCUUAACGGCCAAGGGUUUCAUCGAAAUCCACACUCCGAAGAUCAUCUCGGCCGCCAGCGAGGGUGGAGCGAACGUUUUCACGGUCAGCUACUUUAAAGAUUCUGCAUAUUUGGCUCAAUCGCCCCAGCUGUACAAACAGAUGGCCAUUGCGGCCGAUUUCGACAAGGUGUUUACGGUCGGGGCCGUGUUUCGUGCCGAGGACUCCAACACUCAUCGGCAUUUGACCGAGUUUGUCGGUCUCGAUCUUGAGAUGGCCUUCAAGUACCACUAUCACGAGGUACUCGACACUAUCGGUAACACGUUCACCGAAAUCUUCAAGGGACUACGUGAUAGCUACGCGAAAGAGAUUGCCGCCGUCGGUCAGCAGUACAAUGUGGAACCGUUCAAAUUUCUGGAACCGCCGCUGAAGCUGGAAUUCGCGCAAGCCGUAGCGAUGCUGCGCGAAGCUGGCGUCCAGAUGGACGACGAGGAGGAUUUGUCGACGCCGAGCGAAAAGCUACUCGGCCGUCUGGUAAAGGCAAAGUACGACACGGAUUUCUACAUCCUCGACAAGUUCCCGCUGGCCGUGCGACCGUUCUACACGAUGCCCGAUCCGACGAAUUCGCGCUAUUCCAACUCGUACGACAUGUUCAUGCGCGGCGAAGAGAUUCUGUCUGGGGCGCAGCGAAUACACGAUCCGGACUAUCUGAUCGAACGCGCGAAGCUGCACGCCAUCGAUUUGUCCAAGAUUGCCGCCUAUAUUGAUGCAUUCCGGUACGGGUGCCCACCGCACGCCGGCGGUGGUAUCGGUAUGGAGCGAGUGGUGAUGCUGUACCUUGGGCUGGACAACAUUCGCAAAACGUCCAUGUUCCCGCGCGAUCCGAAACGCUUGACACCGUAAGAGGUGGUUUGGAAGCAGAAAGUGCAGCACCAUGGUCCAUGGAUGGCGGGGACACACGCACAUCAAAAGACAACUGACUGAAAUUCCACUAAGGUGUGGUGUCUAGGGGGAGUAGUCGGGGUCCUUAAGCGAAGACGAAGGAAGCGCGCGGAUAUCAAUAUCGAAUUGCGGGAAUAAAACGGCAAAACAACGCA